ACAUCGGCAAGGUGAGCGCGGGCGGGAGGGGCCUGGCGGUGUGUGAGCUGCAGCGCUGCGACUUUGAGGUUUGGUGGAGGCUCUCUUGGCCCUCGAAGGUUAGCCGGUGUGUAGGGAGAGAGAGCAAGGUAAUCAGAAUGCAGACUCCUGUAGCUCUCCUGUCCUCGUCAGCUCUGUUUCGCUGCUAUUCGCGGGCUCUGAGCAGACCAGUUUGCCUGUCUAUAUCGAGCAGGCCGGGGACUCAGACUCUACAGCCCUUUGGUGCUUUCCAUCUUCAGCCGGCUCAUCGGGAAUUCCAGACCAGCGCCAUCUCCCGUGAUAUCGAUACUGCGGCUAAAUUCAUUGGUGCUGGUGCAGCCACAGUGGGGGUAGCUGGCUCAGGAGCUGGGAUUGGCACAGUGUUUGGCAGCUUAAUCAUUGGUUAUGCCAGGAACCCAUCCCUCAAGCAGCAGCUGUUCUCUUACGCUAUCCUGGGAUUUGCCCUUUCAGAGGCCAUGGGGCUGUUCUGUCUGAUGGUGGCAUUCCUCAUCCUGUUUGCCAUGUAACUGCCUCGGAGCUACGCUGCCGUCCCCAUGUGGUCUUUGUGUCCUCUCGGGUCUGAGCCUGCCUCCCUUGCCAGAGCGCUACACAUUAAUAAACAAGAUUCAGGUUUUCUUUUUGUUAAACUAA